CUAUAUUAGACCACACCUUAAAUUUUAUUUACAAUUUCUAUUCACUUGUUAUACCUCAUUAUUUGAGUUAAUAAUCCCAUUUGACAUGUCGAUGUAUAAGUAAGCUAAAUUAAGUUGAAAAAGUGAACAUGCCUCAUCUGUCAUUUUGUGGUUUUGUCAUUGUUAUUUUAAAUUUCUGACUAAUUCACAAUCCAAAUCAAACGAAAAAUUCAUGUUGCUGUGUACAUGUCAUGGGAAUUAUUAAAAAAAAUGGUAGACAAAUGCUUGAACCCAAUGACACAAUGCAAAUAGAGUGGUGCAUCCAAGAAUGGAGCAAGAUGCACUAAAUGUAGAUGAGUAUGAAGAGCUGGCUCGGGCAGCCAGGGAGCGUCAGGAAAUUGUCGCCAAGUAUGACAAGGGACGCGAGGAUGGUGCAGAGAUAGACGAAUGGGAAGAUCCGGCAUUUGAGGUGUACCACGUGACCGACAGAUAUGGCUUUAUUCAUGACAAGCACCUUCCCCACAUGUCAAAAAGUGUGGAGGCCAAGGCCAGGAAGGUUGAGGUGGAGCGCUCCACAAAGUGGCUCAAGAUGACAAAGAACUGGAAAAGCUACUUCCCCGGAGAGAAGCUGAAAAGGCGCGUGUAUAAAGGUAUUCCCGACAGCCUGAGGGGUGAUGUCUGGUCAAAACUGCUGGCUGUCACCUUCAUCAAAGUGGAACAGGAUGGAGUGUAUAAUAGAAUGAGGUCUAGGGCAAGGUCAAUAUCUCCACAUAUACGACAGAUAGAUCUUGAUGUAAAUAGAACAUACCGGAACCAUAUCAUGUUCAGGGAAAGAUAUGGUGUCAAGCAGCAGGCGUUGUUCCACGUGCUGGCAGCCUACUCCAUGUACAACACGGAAGUGGGAUACUGUCAGGGCAUGAGUGAGAUAGCCGCUCUACUUCUAAUGUACCUUAAUGAAGAGGAUGCAUUUUGGGGGUUGUCCCAACUGUUUACAGACAAAAGACAUGGCAUGCAUGGAUUUUUCAUCCCCAAAUUCCCCAAGCUUAUGCGGUUCCAGGAGCACCAUGAUAACGUGCUGAAGAAGUUCCAUCCUAAGAUCCACAGGCAUCUGGAGCGAGAGGGCAUAGACUCUGGGCUCUACACCAUCAAGUAUUUCCUGCAGUGCUUCCUGGAUAGGAUGCCAUUUACCUUGACCCUGCGAGUAUGGGACAUCUUCAUCCUGGAGGGGGAGCGAAUCCUUACAGCAAUGGCUUACUUGAUCGUCAAACUACAUCGCAGGAAGAUACGGAAGUUGAAGAUGGACUCAUUGCUGCCAUUCUUCCAGUCAGAGCUUGAGGCAGAUUUUGGUUAUGAUGAUGACACCGUCAUUGACCAGCUCACGAUCGCAAUGGAAGAACUACGAAAGGCAAAGAUGGAUGUGCCGCCCAAACCCACUGCCAACGAACUCCCCACCCUGCCAUUUGGGCUUGAGAUUCAACCAAGCGUACGGGAAAUCAUAUCCAAACGGUCUGAUGAGACUUUUGAUGAACACUUUAGAAAAAACGCAAAAGGUGGCAAAGCCGCCUACUACAGAAAGCGUGCACUUCACACAACCACUCCAGAAAUGGGUGGUCGGGGAGCCGACUCUAGGUCCAUACAGUCUAGUCGUAUGUCUGAAUACUCUGCGGGUGAUUUAUCAUCUUACUAUGAUACAGCUGCCAAUUCCAGGUUAUCGAUAGCAGACAUGAGCUCAAAGACUUCACCAAAGAGCUCAAGGACAUCGUUCGCCGAAGGUUCAGAAGUCGGUAGCAUAGGACCCACAAUGUCUAGACACACACCAGUUCCUUUGAACGAGGAAAUGGAUAUAGAGCAAGAGCUUGAGAGAUUGAACUAUGAAGAUGAGACGCAUAGAGUGGUUGUUGAUAAGGAUCAAACGCUGACUAGGGAUACAACGUUGGAAGAUAUGGUCCCAGAAGGACACCAUGAGAAACCCCCUUCACAAGCAUCAGAGUAUGAUAACUUAAGUGAACGACAUAGCAUUGUCAAUGGUGGUGAGAACGGAAAUAUGAAUGCACAUACAGACAUGGAUUAUGACAAUAUAUCGCCAGCUAUUGAGCUGCCAGUGGAACAUAUGCGCCGGAUUCCUGUGCAAUACGAGAUACCAGUGACUCAUGAUAUUCCCGUAGCCCAAAGGGGACAGCAAAUGGUUAUCAGCCCUACAAAUGGGUUGAUGCCGGCACGAAUAUCAACAGGGCGGAUAUCGCCCCCAGUGGAAAAUGUGUGGGUUGAACGACAGGAGGAGCGGCUGAAGGAGAAAAAAGCUACAAUCUCAGCUGAAGUACAGCGGGAUGUAAGCUCUCAUAGCCAGUCUGCCUCACAUCAACGCGUUUCCUCCAAUAGCCGCAAACGCUCUAGUCCUGGCCAUACACCAUCAAAACCCAGGGGCAGUCAGAGUAGCCCAAAUACCCCGACAUACGUUGAAAAUGGGGGCCUCACGAACAGUCCCCAUUUUGUCUCGCAGCUCCAGAUUCGGCGCCAACACCCGUUUCCUCUCUCAAACUCUGACCAUGUGAACGGCUAUAGUGCACAGUACGAAUACUCUGAGCAACAGAUGCAAACCUCCACAGGCCCGAGAUCUUCACAGCAAAGGGAGAUUACUGUUCAGCACUUGUAGUUUAAGAUAUACAUUUAUGCAUUAUUGCCUGCAUUUAAGAAAAUAUUGUUGGUUUUGGCCAAUGGUAACUUCUAAAUAUGGUUUAUUGAUGUUGAUAAUUUCCUCAUAUAUUGUAUGUCGAUAUUUGAUUUUCAAGUUUAUCUUUGUAAGACUUCUAUCUUUUAAAUUGUACAUGCAUUACAUACAAUUGACCUUCACAAAGCCAUGUUAAACAGCUACAUGUGUAUUAUGAUUUGGAUUGAUUUUUAUAUAAUUUAUGAUACAUGUCUUAUAUGUUAUCUAGAACAUUGUAAUGUAGAGUGAUUUUCUUUAAAGACUGAUUGAUUAUGUAUAUUAGCUGGAAUUCUUAACACAACACAGUUUUUACUACUAAUUGGCUGGUUAUAGAUUUAAGAAAGUCAGUGAAUUGUUUUAAAUUAAUAUUGGACCUAGUGGUCAUGAGUUUGAACUCCACAUGGGGCACUUUCCAUGGCUUCUCAAAUUGCGCACCAGUGCUGGUUUCUUACCAGGAAACUAUCUUUAUUGUGAGAGAUAUAUUUCAGACAUUAGAAGUUCUCCAAUAGAUAUUUAAGAAGUAUUAACUAUUUUUAUAUCAUUUGAAAACAUGAAGGUUACUUCUGUGUUUUUUUUAUGUUUUAACUCUUUCUUCUUCAUUAGGUAAGUUUAAGAAAUUUUAAGUUGAUUUUAUGAAUUUUGAGUAUAAAUGAAUUUCUUGAAGUUCAGAAUUAAGUCUUUUAUUAUAUUAGUUUGAACAGAAUUCAGUAGUCGGGGAUGUACCUAGACCUACUCCAGUAUACCCAGGCGAGCAAAUCAAUUUUGUACCCCCGAAAUGGUAAAUGCUUAUCUCGUGAUUAGAAAUAAAGAAUAGAAGGCUAAGGGGUUUAGGUAUACAUGUAUUUUAUUACUGGUUAAAUUUUGUCAUUAUUCCAACGUUGGCGUUUAGAAUGCUUGAAAAUGGUUCUUUUAUACCUUUGUUCUUCAAAAUUGUCCUAAGGGAGGGGACACUCCAUCGAUCCCAACCCUGAAAUCACAUUGAGCCCAGGCGAAUGAAAGACAUUAUCAUAUCAAUAGCUCGCUCAUUUACAUGCAUACUGUUCACCAUGCUGCAGGUACGCUCUGGGUGCUAUCGUCUAUAGUUUCUAUUUAGCUUUUGGCAGUGACCACAAAUAUUAUACAUGUACAAUUUAGAAGCCUUCUUGCCCAAUGAUACCUUAUUUUAUUAUAGAUAGUUGCAUUCAAGUCCUGCAAGCUCAUCAAAGUAUUUAAUUAGGGAUUUGUGUUAAAUUAUUUUUUGUUAUUCCUUUGAAAUUUUAUGUUUUAGACAGAUAUUUUAUUAUUGCAUUUUAUCAAUAGAGUCUGAUUAUUUCAGUAGCAAUGAAGUAGUUUUUUGUAGAUAAAAAUUAAGAGGCCAAAUAUUGUAAUCUUACUGUGUUCAAAGUAUGCUCUAACAGUGUUCAUUUAUAAUCUGAGGGACAUAGUUUAUUUUUGUAACGCUCUUUUGCAACCCAAUUUGUUGCAGGGAUAUCUGUUAUGAAUUUAAAUGUAUGGAACUGUGUUUCUAUUACAUUAUUAAGCAUAAACGUGUACGUUAAUGCUCGUAGAUUUCAGAAAUGCCAUUCCAUUUAUUCAUUAUAAUGGGGGAAAAAUCCAGAAAAAAAAUUAAAGAAACAAGAAAAACAUACAUGAUCAUUAAUUUGGUGUUAGAUAAAAAAUAUGACUGUUAAUCUUUCAAUUUAAUGUGAACUCAUGUGGACUCAAAUUUCAUGUGAGUGAAAUUAAUAUGAAAUAUGAAUUUAUUUGAGUGAAAUGUCAUGUGAAAGUCUGUGACUAUAUGUCCCAGUAACAUUGCAUGUUUAUAAGGGAAUAAAUACAUGUUUGUUACGAUUGUUACCUUCCUUACUAGUGACCAAAUAUGGAGAACUAUAUUUUCAUAGUCAUUUUAAGUCUGUAUAUGAAAGAAAUGUUGUUAAUAUUUCUCCUGCUGGAUAAAUACAUGUAUAUAUUGUUGGUUGUAACAUGUAUUGUUACAUUUCUAAAUAUAGAAAUGUGUAUGCAGUCUAUGUUUUACUGUAAGUAUUUGUUUUUAGCAUAACCAGGAGGUUUUAAAAAAGAAGAUGAGAUAUAUAUUUUCAUAACUUCGUAAUCAUCAUUUGUGUAAAUCUUUAAUGAUGCCCGUAUCUUUUUAACUGUUUUGUUAAAAAACAUGAGACUUGGUACAUACACAAUGACAAUACACAUGUGUGUGGCAAGUCCCAUCGCUGUCGUUGUCAUUCUUGUUGAGCUACGUGAAUCAAGUGGUUACCUACGCAUGCCCAUUUCAUUUAUCGUCCGUGUACAGUCUAUGGAUCUUGAUUAAAUGGACAAGCAUAGGUUCCUGCUUGCAUUGUUUGUAUUCAGAUGACAUACAUGUAUAUGGAGCUGUACACGACAGAACAUGUAUAAGUAGCUGUAAAAUCAUCAAAAGACAUGUACAUAGUAAAUAUGAGAUGAAUUUUGUCCCGCUGUUAUCUGUAUAUUAAUAUUAUGAUGUUAUAUAUGUGUGUAUCCAUUGUUGUUGUGCAAUAGACGUCUGCUUGUUUUAGGCUCACCUAGGUGCGUAUAUAUAAUGUAUAUUUAUGUUGAUUGUUAGUUUUUAAUCAGUGCUCAUUGUUAUAUGUUCAAUAAGAAUAGGUAGAUUUUUGUAUACACAUUUCAAUAAUUAUAUGUGCAUGCCCAUUUCAUUUUUGUGUGUUUAGUAAGUCUUGAAGAAUCUUGAAUUUAUAAACUUCCAUGGUAAAAUCAUGUAAACAUAUGAAAACAGUGUUUUUGAAUUGAGAUUAUGGAAACUCAGUAAUUUACACUAUCCUGAUAGAAAUAUUCAUAACUGUUAAACCAAUGGAGAGAUUUAUUAGUCACAUGACAACCCUCGAUAAACAAAUACAGAUAACAUUGGAUUCAAUGUCUUAUUUAUUGAAUAAAGCCGGUAAUCCAACUAAGCGGCAUAUUGAUCUGAUCAGUAAUGAAUAUUGGUAAGAAUUUGGAAGACCCUAAAGGCUAUGGUAGAAUAAGAAUACUAAAGAAAUUUAUUCCAUUGGAAUGCCAUAGUGUUAAUAAGUGUUGUCAUGGAAACAAGCAGUUAAGUUAAAGAAGGGUGAAACUGUGAUAUUUGAUUUAUACCAUAGUCACUAGAUGUUAGAUGUCCCAUUGUUGUUACAACAUGUGUGUCUCUCAAACGUUUAAAAACAAAAUUGAAGUACCCCCAGCUAACCGUUUUUAGCUUCUUAGUUUUUAGAAGAUUGUCGUAUCUUUGGUCUUUUGUGUUCUUUCCAUACUCAAAAUAUUCACACGAAACUUGGUACAAUGGCUAGUACAUAUGUGGGUACCGUAAUAAGUUCUGCUAAUAUUAGUAAGCUUUCCCCUUGGCCAUUUGAGAAAAACUGAUGAGCAUUGAAAUCAUUGUGUGGAAUGUUGGUUCAAAUAACAUUGUAUGUUAGGUGGCAAAUGUUGGUGCCAUACUGCAUAGAUGGCCUAUAACUUCUUAUGUAACCAAAACUGUUAACAGAAAAGGCCUAUAUGUAGUUAAAUGUUGUUUUUGUUGUUGUUUUUUCCUUUUAAUUAAUACACAGAUUCUAAGAUUAGGUUAGAUUUGCUGGGUCAUUGCAGUGUCCUAACUUUUUACAAGAUAGACACAAAGAUUGGACACAAUAUAUCAGACUUUGUGAAGUUAUGUCAUAUUCUUGUAGUUAAUGCUAGAAGGUACGAGAAGGGUUUGAGCGUGGUCUUGUGGUGUAGGUAUCUGCCUCUCACUCAAGAGGUUGUGGAUUCAAGCCCCACUAAGAAAACGUCCUCAUAACCUCUUAACAACAUAAGUUUGGGUUUCUACACAGUAAACAGACUCCAGAAUAAUUUGGUAAGUUUUCAGAUUUUGUCGCAAUGGAGCAAUCAGCUAAAUGAAAUACGUACAAGCUAAGGUUUAAAGCCCUUACAUUGGUCAGUGUUACUAUGUACCUAUAGCAUUAACCACCUCAUGAUAGUAGGUAUGUUUUAUCUUCAACUGUGUAGUCCACAAUUGUUUUGUUUCUGUUUUAUUUAUUUGUAUUUUUGUUGAAUAUUUUAAACGCUUCCCUAUAUAUGGACAAUGUUCCAAAACGUAUGAGGUUUUCUGCUGAGUAUUUAGAUAUUUUUUUCUAAAAUAAUCAACCAUUUAUAGAUACCAUUGUGUCAACCAUAGGUGGCAUAUAAGUCAGAGAUUGGGAAAAUCAAAUUAUAUAAUUAUAUACAUCAUAUCUGAUACUGCCACCUGUGGUUUCAUUCUAAUCAAGUCCAAGCAUAUGGAAUACUUAUGAAUUGAAAUAAAAUGCUUGUGGAGUAGUUCCAAAUCAAGAUAACCUUAAUAUGAAUUGCUAAUAUGGCAAUGGACGAAAUUUGAUAUAGCAACAAAGUAUUCAUGGAAUUUAAGAAAUAUAUAUGACUGUAUGGAUUUGAGACUUAACGUAAAGUAAGUUAUGGUUAAUUGAAGAUGGAUGCAUUGUAUACCUGAAUGUAUAAAAAUGUUAAGCUGUAUCAGAAUAUACACUUGUUUAAAAACAGUCCAAAUUUUACCUUUUAAUGGAUGUUUUUCAUGAACAUGUACAUUAAUCAUUUCAUGUAUACAUAUCCACUUUUUAUUAUUGUUGACUUAUUUUUAUUUUUAUCUUCACUCUAUAUCGUCUUGGCUGUUAUUCAUAACACAUCUUAAGUCAUUUACUAACUAAGGUCAUUUUCUUAAUUUUAAUAUCUCACUGGUAGCCGUCUCCGUGGCCUAGUGGUUAAGCGUCCGCCUACGGAGCGGGAGGUCGUGGGUUCGAUCCCUGGCCGCGUCAUACCAAAAGACGUUAAAAAUUGGUACAAGUAGCUCCCUUGCCUGGCGCUUGGCAUUUAAAGGGUAGUGCUUGGAAAAGUGGUGUACUCAGUACUGGUUUAACCCAGGAAAGUUGUACCCCGUGUAUCGGUGCUUUACACCGAGCACGUAAAAGAACCAAGGGGUCUCUUCGAAAAAGAGCUAGGGUAUCGCACCCGGACUUCCUUGUAUCCCACCACUGUCUCUUCAGCGUGCUGUCCCUUCAGCAAAAACAAAGGACCCCGUUGGAAAUAAGUGCUUGCACUUUCACGGGUUAUCCUUGACCGCAAGGUCUGAAGAAAUACAUACACACUGGUAAUAGAUAUAACUACUUCACUCAAUUUUCAUCAGUUUAUUUAAAAUACACACUUUUAUGUUUAAAUAUUUCUAGUUUAUUGGCAUUUGGACCCUUGCCUUAAUUGUGCUUUUAAAUAGGGCUUUGUUUUAAUUUAGGACUACUGGGCUUGUCCCUGAAAUUUAUGUUGUAUUAUUUAUAGAUUUUUAAUUUGACGUUGAAAAAUGAAAAAAAAAUCACUUAAGAUCAAAAAUGACUUAAGGUGUUUUAUGUAUUCCGGCCCAUAUAGACUUAUGCUGACUCAUCUGUAACUCACCUGGGCAUUUCUUCGAUGUCAUUCAAGAUCAAAUUAUAAUCAGGAAGAUUUCUGUAGUGAUCUCAUUAAUUUCUAAGCAUUUUAUUGCAUUAUACGUAGCACACUUUUUAAGCAAACUUCAGUUAGUUUUAAUUAAGGGAUUUUCUGUCAGUCGGUUAAAAGAGAUUAAAUAAGAUAUUCAUUCCAUUUGAUAUUUUUUUGUGAACAUGUAAACUAAAUUUAAUUUAUUGAAUUUAAGAAAUUUAUAUUUAAAGAUAUUCUGGUAAAGUAGAUUCCAUUGUGGUGUGAAAGUGAGAUUGUUUUAAGUGACCUAAAAUAUAGAAGUAUUUAGAUGGUUUUGCUUUUACUCUUUGGUGGCUGUUUUUUGAGAUAAUGUAUUCAUGUAUUACACAUGUUUCUUCUGUUGUAAGUUAUCAUUGAUCAACGAGGAUUUACCGCAACAGAAACCUCACAAUAUCUUAACCAAAAGUCUUACUUGUUGUAUUCUGCACAAUUUUGAGAUAUUUUUUAUACUGGGACAAAUUUCGCGGUGUUUAAGUUGUGGAUUUUAGCUAGUCAGAAAAUAACAUAAACUCCUUUUAUGCCAUGAAAUCUAGUUAAGCUAAACAAACAUAUUUUUUCGAAUUUAAUUUUUGUCGAAUAUAGAAUAUGGAACAGAAACUAAAGCUUUACGACUGAUUUGACAGACCGCCCCUUGUAUGAUUUUAUUGUAAUUAUUGAUGGUUAUCACUUUUAGAUCAAGGUAAAUACAAGUCCUUUAUUUACAAAACUGAAUCUACUAGUAAUAAGUAUAUAUACAUCAAAAUCUCUCAUUCUCAUACUCUAAAGAUAUACUCUCAUUUUACAUACAUCGUUCUAACUAACAUUAUUUUAUGAAACAUUGUUUUUAGAAUUUUCAGAUUGUGUAUGUAACAGUUUCAGUUGUAGUGUACAUUUUUUUGUUUCUAUGCAACUGUCAUUUGCCGCAUACAUACAAGUCUGACAAUAAAUUCAAUCAGUUAUA